AUGCCACGCCUGCCUCCAGCCUUGAUCCGUGAGGCUGCCCUUCAGAACCACCUCCUGCCUCUCCUACUUCGCGCAUGCCGCGAUCUUCCCUCCGCUCGAAAUGAAUUCCGAUGGCUACAGGAACAUGCGCGUGACACUGUCCAUGCGAAGACACGUAAGAGACACAAGGCCUUGCCGGAAGAUGCCUUGAUCCAUCUGAAAUCCCCACGACACGGAGAGGAGAAGUCUCAAUGCCCCCAACGGAAGGAUUCUUCUGUGAAAUCAAAGGCCGACAGGCUUGAGAAAACAUCCGUCGCAGUCGAUGCCAACAGCCGGCGAAGCUUGUUCAGGAGAAGGGUUUUCGUUCAUCGAGGCCAUAGGAACAGCGUCGUUAGCCAUACCUCAGGUCGUGGAUUGCGAGAUGCAUUUCAAGAACAAUAUACUGCUCGAUCGCACGCCCAAAGCCUUUUGGCCAAGUUCAUUGCGAGAAGAGCCAGGGGUGUGCCAUUGCAGUAUAUCCUUGGCAAUCAACCUUUCGGCAAUCUGGAGAUACUGACUCGGAAAGGGGUGCUCAUUCCCAGGUCUGACACCGAGACAUACAGCCAACAUGUAGCGAAACUGCUGCUUUCCUGGCUGCACACUGCUACCUUCGCGAGCCAUACCCGGCUUCCGGGACGCAGGAAGCUAAGGAUUCUUGAUCUAUGCUCAGGAACUGGCUGUAUAGCACUCCUUCUACAUUCUGUUCUCAAACCGCCCAACUUGGACUCGAACAUCGAUCUGGAAAUACUCGGCGCCGAUAUAAGCAUGGAUGCAAAUCUACUUAGUAGGAGAAACUUGCAGCAUAACAUCGCCGAGGGGCUGCUUCAUCCGGACGCUGCUCAAGAUGUUUCGUUUCAGCAGAUGGACAUCCUUCGUUUGGCAAGAUCGAAUAGAUCUAAGACGCGUCGACUCUUCAAUCACGGCAGUCCCUCCGCUCAUCAGGACGCGGCAUUGGACGAUACGUGGGAUGUCAUCGUCUCGAACCCUCCAUACAUCUCUCCAAAAGACUACAGGCCCGGCGGCCAAACCAACUCAAGCGUGCGUAAGUAUGAGCCCAAAUUGGCGCUCGUUCCACCAGUUUCUGGCUCCUCUGGGGACGCAAACCCUGCCGUCGACCCAGGCGACUUGUUCUACGGACCUUUGAUCGAUUUGAUGAGCAGCGUUGGUGCGAAGCUUCUGGUCAUGGAAGUCGGCGACUCGCAGCAAGCUGGGCGCGUGCAUGAGAUUGCUAUGGAGAAAUUCAAAAAUCGCGACGAUGAUGUGAGGUUCGAAAGGUGGAAGGAUGAUGGGACGGAAAGGUUGCUGUCUACCUCGCGAGCUUCCCAUCAGGGGCUCACCGAUGGACUCGCUGCAGAAGGGACCCAAGCAGCCUCAGCUACGACAGACAGCCACGCCUCCGAUCGGGCCGUCGUCGUCUGGGCAAGGGAGCUGGCAGAGUGGCGGAUGUCUGUCAGAUGGGAUGGACGAGUCUAA